GCUAAGUGAUCUUUUACUCAGUCGUUCUUGCCUCCUGGAGCAAGAGACAAGAAAAAGGUGGGAGUCCUCAUCCUCGUCGUCAUCAUCAUCAUCCCUGCUCGGUUUGGGUUAAGUCCGAAUCCAACUUCAACCCAAACUUUGUGGUGGUGGUGGUACUUGAGAUCGUCAUUGCUGAAGGGACUCCCAUUUGGUGCCAGUGUGAAGUGCCACUCACUCCUCGUCGAAUUCGGGGACCUCGUGGCGCUAGAGGGCUCUUUGCCUAGCUUGGAAUGUGUUUCCUAGCCGCUCGCUUUUAGGCAGGAGGACUCUGUCAUCUGCUACAAGUACGCUCUGGCGUCCAAAAGACCUGUUCUGACGGACUCUUGACUGAGGGCGCUGUACGUGCCACUCGUAGACUUCAGGGCGAGAGAGGACCCAGGAUUCAGGAGACGUCCAUGCCGGAGCAGUCCGCCAACGCCGUUCAGGUCCACGGUACCAAUUCAGGUGGUUCAAUCAUAACAGAUCAAAUCAUGGCUGAGGCCAGAGGAAUCGCCAAAUUAGUGCAAAAACAAGCCGGAAGAGCCAAAGAAAAGCUUCUGCAAAACCUGGGCAAAGCGGACAAGACCACUGAUGAUAUCUUUGAAGAACAUCUCCAGAACUUCAAUCUCCAGCAAGCCCAUGCCAAUCGUCUCCAUAAGGACAUUAGCAACUACAUAAGAUGUAUCAAAGCCAUGCAAAAUGCCAACAAGAAUCUCAUGGAGACCUUGGCUGAGGUGUACGAAUCUCAAUGGACCGGUCACGACCUUCUGUAUGUGCAAAGUCAGAACCAGGAGAUGUUGUGGGCGGAUUUGGCCCAUAAACUGAGUGACCAGGUGCUGAUCCCAUUGAACACCUACCAGGGACAGUUUCCGGAGAUGAGGAAGAAGAUUGACAAGCGAGGACGGAAAUUAAUCGAUUACGACAAGGAACGACACGUGAUUCAGUCCAUGCAGAACAGUGCGGGCAGAAAUGAGGGAAAAUUCGCGAGAGCAAAGGAACAGAUGGAACUAGCCAAACGGACUUACGAGAUCUUGAAUUCGGAACUGCACGAUGAACUGCCCGCACUUUACGACUCCAGAGCGUUAUUCCUAGUGACCAACAUGCAAACGUUAUUCGCAGCCGAGGAAGUGUUCCAUACGGAGACAUCCAAAGUGUUCAGUGAAUUGGAAGCCAUCAUCGACAAACUCGCCAAGGAGGUGCAAAGAGGCACGUUGCCCCGGAAGGUUCUGCCCAAGCCUUUGCCCCUCGCCUCACCCACCUCAUUCAACUCAAGCCCGACCUCGAACAGUCUCUCAUCGCCUCCGAAAGCCAUCAACGGAAAUUCGUCCUCCUUGUCUUCUUCAUCUAAACGCGUGGGUUCGAGCACUUUCCAUCAGCAAGAAUAUGAAAAAGUCGAGAACGCUUCCAAUGGAGGAGGUGGAGGAGGGGCUGCAGGAAGCUCCAACAACAAUAGGUACUCCAAUCAAGACACCUAUGACAUCCCAGUGGGAGCUUCCACGGACAAUCUGCCCUCGGGAGUGCUGUACAAGGUGAAGGCUAGUUACAAAUACCAAGCUGAGGAUGGAGAUGAGCUCAAUUUUGAUGUGGGAGAAGUCAUACAAGUGAUCCCAUACGAGGACCCGGAGGAACAGCAGGAGGAGGGUUGGCUGACUGGCAUCAAGGAGAGCACAGGCGAAAAGGGUAUGUUCCCGGCCAAUUUCACGCGGCCCAUUUAAAGGCCAAAUCUUAAUCUCGGAGGAAGAAACUCAAGAGCUGAUUAGUUUGACCGUCAUGUUACCACCAACACCACAUCCAUCCUCAUCAUCAUCAUUAAAUCCCUUUCCACUCCCAAUCCCAUGUUGCCCUAUAUCCAUUCAAGCUAUGAACAAGAAACCUUUUGUACAUACUGAGGAGGAAGAGGAGAGUGUCAAGGUUGAAUUUCGAUCUGACUCCUGGAUUCGUCCCGCCUUGCCCCGCCCAUUUGUUCAAGCUCUUAACUUUCAAGAAAUCAAAACCAGCCUUUCCAUCGAUCAACCAAUCAAAUGUGCCAAGAACAAAUCGACCAGUCAUGUCGUGGAAUGGGUUUUGAGAGAUCUCGAAGAUCUCUUUCCCAGGAAUGUAGCAAUGACGCGAUUAUUUGUCGUCAAUCAUGCCAAUCUAAGUCAUUCAUAAUUUAUUAACCUUGCUGAUGUCCGUUCGUGAUGAAAUAAGAACAGAGAACAACCAACA